AUGGAAGGCGGCGAAUCGCGCAUAUCUGCUUCAGCGGCUCAGACUCGGCAAGAGGCCACACAUGCAGGUGUGGCCACCACAACGGACCCAGCGAGCUUUCAGGGGACGUCGACACGCAACGAACAAUCUCUAGCUCGCUCAGGCGGGCAAGGAGCAGGUGACGAGGCUGUGUCGACCGAUGUGAGGAGCAUCCAUUCGGAAAUCGACCGCAAACGGCUGGAGUUCGAACAGCAACGUGCUGCUCAGCGUCUUGCCUUUGAGCAGCAAAUGCAGCUCCUGGAACGAAAGCAACGCGAGGAAGAAGCCAGCUUGAUGAGCGGUAGCAAGGGUCCGCUGGACUCGGUCGCAGGCAACCAAGCAGUGCCUCAUGUUUCUGCACCUAGCACACCACCUGGCAACGCUUCGAGUCAGACGAGCGCUUCUUCGACGCUGAGAUCAAAAACGACCAAUUCUUCGCCUCGGCCCACCUCCAUGUUGGGUGCUGCUAGCUCUGCGAAAGACCCAAUCUCCUUUCGCGCUCAACUCGGCGACAUGAGCGAUACUCAGCCAGAGGAAGGCUUGAACGGUAGCAACGUUCCUGGCUUGCCGCCCCCUUCGACAGCUCGAUCCGUCCCAUCUUCUCGACGCAUCAGCGCUGGGCCAGAAGCUGUCUCGUCGACCGAUCGGCGCGCCUUGGGCUCCGCAUCUGGCGAUCUCGCUCAUGCCUUUGAACGCCUAUCUGUCGGAAGCCACCGCAAUGUCAGUCAAGUGCGCGCUCAGCUUGCUCAAGAAGCCGGCACAUUGAACAGUGCGCCCAACGCUCCUGCCAACCACCAGCACGCGCCUGGCAGCAACCGACCCGUCGCACCUCAUGUCCUUCAACGAGCCUUGACGCGCAGCGGGAGCGGCAGUGGAGCCGAAAAUGGAGAGUCUGGCUUUACGCCAGUGUUCAAUGAGCGCUUCUUGUUCGACGACGAAGCGUUGGAGGCGGACGACUCGGCCUUUGUGCGCAAGUACAACCUCAAGGAGGAAGACGAUGACUUUCCGGUGCUGAUCAGGCGUGAUAGCUAUCCAGGCAUGCUUUCGGCUUCUUCUGCUGCGCUUGAUCUCGCACCUCUCGCUCAAGCUCCAAGAUCGCACCGCGGUGCUGGUGGCGCGAUCGGCGAAGCUCAGCUGUCAGAGUGGCCUCAGUACGCCGGUCAUAGCGAGACCGUUCACCAACAUCAUGCGCCUCCCCAUAGUGCCGGUUUGGUCAACGAUCGCAGGGGACGCUCGGAGCGCAACUCGCCGCAAUUUGGACCCAUUGCUGGUCCCAGACUGCCCUCUGGUGCCGCGAGCUUGGGUCCGACUGGCCAACGCGCAGCUAGCGCCAAUCAGGUCGCUGGGAAUGCUCAGCCUCACCACUUGUCCCAGCAGCUGGGCGCAGCGGCUGUUCGAGGAGACGAUGAGCGCUCACAGGGCAGCCACUCUACCAAUUCGCCAAGCCGCAACGGCUCUUCGCAGCUCAGCGCCAGACCGCCGACGCAAGCGCCAAGCGACGUUACAGAGCAAUCCUCCAACAUGUCCAACUCUUUCCGCUCUGGUGACGUGGCCCUCAAGCCAACGAAUGAUCUCGCAGCUGGUCCUCCAUCGCGCUCUCGCCUCUCAGCUGGCCCCGACGCUGAUUCCAUCAGCUCGUUCCCUAGCUUUGCCCUGGCUGAGAGCAUGAAGCCGCAAGCGAAUCCCAAUUCCCUCGUCGGAGGCGCUCGUGCCACCACUCCCAACCGAUUUGGUCCGUAUGGUAGUGGCGGGCCGUCCGCAAACGGGUUCGAAACGAAACCACGCCCCUCUUCGGGCUUCUUUGAAGCUUUCAAUCCUCCCAGCGCUCUUGGAUCAACCCAGUCUGACAUUUUCAGCCGAACCCCUGUCACCAAUCAACAGCAGCACGGCGGCCACUUUGGCAUUGGCCUCGAUGGUGAUCCACUGCUUGGUCUGGCAGGUGCGCAAUCGGCCCAACAGCGCAAGAGUGAGCUGGACGUCAACACUCCGCUGGAACAGCUUCACGGUGAGAUCUUUGCGCUAUGCAAAGAUCAGCACGGCUGCCGAUAUCUGCAAAAGAAGCUCGAAGAAGGCCUGCCCACGUAUCGCGAUAUGAUCUUUGCCGAGACGUUCAAGCACUUUACCGAACUGAUGACGGAUCCGUUUGGAAAUUAUCUGUGUCAAAAGAUGCUAGAAUACUGCACGGACGAUCAGCGCAACUUGAUCGUUGAGAGCGUCUCCUCCGAGCUGGUCACCAUCUCGUUGAAUAUGCACGGCACGCGAGCUGUGCAAAAGAUGAUCGACUUCUUGUCCACGCCUCGCCAGAUCAGAAGCAUCAUCGGAGCGCUGACGAUGAAUGUCGUCACCCUCAUCAAGGACUUGAACGGCAACCACGUCAUUCAAAAGUGCCUCAACCGACUUGGAGCGGAGGAUGAUCAGUUCAUCUACAAUGCUGUGGCCGCACAUUGCGUCGAGGUGGCUACCCAUCGCCAUGGCUGCUGCGUUCUGCAGCGCUGCAUUGACCACGCUUCGGAAACGCAGAGAAUGCAGCUGGUCACCGAGAUCACCUUCAACGCCUUGACGUUGGUGCAGGAUCCUUUUGGCAAUUACGUCGUCCAGUACAUUCUGGAUCUCAACGACCCGCGCUACAGCGAUGCGGUGGUUCAACAAUUCAUCGGCAACGUCUGCUUGCUCUCGGUGCAAAAGUUCAGCAGCAACGUGAUGGAAAAGUGCAUUCGCGUAUCCAAUGCCAGCCUUCGCAAGCAACUGAUCGACGAGCUGCUCAAUCGUGCUCGAUUGGAAAAGCUUUUGCGCGACUCCUUUGGCAAUUACGUCGUGCAGACCAGCUUGGACUACGCGGAGCCGCUGCAGAGGGUCGCGCUGGUGGAUUGCAUCAGACCCAUCUUGCCCGUCAUUCGCAACACGCCUUACGGCAAGCGCAUUCAGAGCAAGCUGCAGCGCGACAAUCUCGAUUUCGGCCCGCCGAUGGGUGGCAUGGGCCAUCAUCACAUGGGCCCUGGAAUGGGAGGCAUGAAUGGUCGUGGAGGCAUGCCUGGCAUGCCGUACGCCCUGCUCCAGGCCGCUCAGCAACAGCAGCAGCUUCAAGCCAUUGCUGCCAUGGGCAAUCAGCGUCAGGGACAAGCGAACGGGUACGGCAUGGACGGAAUGAGCCCCAUGAUGGGCUACCCGAAUGGAGGCCAGAGCCAUGGUAUGAAUUACCAGCAGAACGGCAUGGGCAUGGGCGCCGGCGUUUCACCUGGUCAGAUGAGCGGCGGCGGCGAGAUGUCUCUUCAACAGGGCGUUUCGUAUGGCGCUCCCCAGCAGCACAUGUACAGAGGGAACAACAACGUGCCCCAGUACCCCGGCGCGCCUCAAGGGCUUGGACGGCAGAUGGCACCGCCUUCCCACGUGGCACAGAACAACGUCGCUAGUGGUGGUGGUCCACCACCGCGUCAAGGACCGUUUGCUGGCGCGCAGACCCAGGCCUAUCGAGGCGGUUAUGGCGGGCGCCAACAGGCGCCUCCUCCACCUCAAGUCCACGGAGCUCACACUCACCCUUUUGCCCCCAACAAUUUCGCCUCGGGCAACAAGACCGCUUAUGGUGGUGCUAGUCCAGCAAUCGGCAUGCCUAGCGGAACGGUUGCUUAUCUGGGCAAUGGCUAUCCUUACUGA